AUGCUGGAUGUACUAACUGGUGAGCUCAUUGGACGGAGACCGAUCGUCACAGGAGGUGACUUCAACGCCUGGGCAACCGAAUGGGGAAGUAGAUGUACGAACACCAGAGGAGCCAGCCUACUUGAAGCACUGGCAACGCUCGAAGUAGAGCUGAGCAACUUUAGAACCACCAGCACCUUCCGCAGAGAUGGCCGAGAAUCUAUCAUCGACGUCACCUUCUGCAGCCCGUCACUGAGAACCGACAUUAGCUGGAGAGUGUGCGAAGAGUUCACGUACAGUGAUCACCAAGUUAUACGGUACACUAUUGGCCAACGGAACCCCGUGGCAGCAAAAACAGGAAGAAUUCAAGAGCGGCAGUGGAAAAUGGAGGCAUUCGACAAGGACCUCUUUGUCGAGGCACUACGACCACACAGCGACGCCCAGAAUUGUGAUGCUGAUGAGCUGACCGAGGCGCUAACCAGAGCAUGCGACACAACCAUGCCGAGGAAGGUAGAGCCUAGAAACCGACAGCGUCCGGUCUACUGGUGGAACGAGUCACUCAACGCAUUACGAGCUAACUGCAAUAGAGCUAGAAGGUGCUUCCAGAGAGCAAAAAGUACCGAUACUAGAGAGGAAAGAAGAAGUGAUCUCCGCGUUGCCAAGGCCGCACUGAAACACGCGAUUAAGCAGAGCAAAACUAACUCCUUUAAGGAGCUUUACCUGAAGAUGAAGAAGGCGCCGGGCCCGGAUGGGAUCCCCAAUGCAGUUCUUAAGGAGGCAAUCCAUGCAUUUCCAGACAUGUUCCGCACGGUGAUGCAAAACUGCCUAAGCGAGGGACACUUUCCAGACAAGUGGAAAAUCCAGAAGUUGGUACUGUCGCCUAAACCAGGAAAACCGCCGGGGGAUCCAGCAUUAUAUCGACCAAUCUGCCUGCUGGACAAACUAGAAAAGCUGCUAGACAGGAUUAUCCUGAACAGGCUAUCUAUAUACACUGAGGGCGAGUACGGACUGACACAAAGGCAGUUUGGGUUCCGGAAGGGAAGGUCCACACUCGAUGCGAUCCGGACUGUCGUUGAGACAGCACAGAAGGCAUCCAAGCAUAAACGUAGAGGCAACCGCUACUGCGCAGUGGUCACUAUCGACCAUCGCAGCAGCGCUCCAUAG